AUGACUAACCGUGACGAGAGUGACAUUGCCCGUACCUAUCUGCACAAUGCGCAGUAUGAGAUGAACGAGGGAGACACGGUUGUCUAUAUCAACAUGCCGUCAUGGACCUUGGCCGAGCCCAUAGACUGCGUCGGCGACACCUGGAGAUCGCUCCACGUCAAGAUGCACUCGGACAAGAUUCGCAGCCUCAAAUCGUCAAAGUUCAGUAGCAAGCUUAAAGAGCUCCCGCCUACCCCGCCACUCGACAAGAACGGCUUCUUGCGGGAGGAGCUUGUUGGUAUGAAGUAUGUCAUGGACCUGACCCCCAGCAUCGAGGGCGAAGAGGUAGUCUACGAAAUGGCCGAGAUGUCCCUAACGCCAGGCAUCAUCGCCUGGUGGCGCAGCCAAGACGCCUUUGAGGCUGAUCCGGCUGCUGUCAACGGCCAUGACGACGUCUGCCACUGUGGAAAGAAGCGGCCCCAUUUCGAGCUUGCUGACGAAAGGUUCAACAUAUGGAGCCGUCCGCCGGACCACCGCAACAUUCCCGACUAUUGCCCCAUCAGACACCGCAUCUGCAUCCUCCGUCUGCUGUAUCUCAUCGAGGGCAAGCAUGUCUUGCUUGACUCAGCUCCGCGUGUUUGGACGAUGAUUGCCAUUUCCAAGAUCUUCGGCUGUCUUGGUCUUAUGGUCAGGCCAGUAGCCCAAUGGCUCUUGAUGUGGCGUAAUUCUACCUUUCUUGAGGUUCUUCCCGAAGAGGGGUUGCAGAUUGGCGUGACGUUCAAGUUCAUCGACGUGACUCGAUUCGUGUUCGAGAUCUUGGUCUACGAGAAGGCACUCAAGGAUGCUGGCGACAGCGGACGGUUGGCAGCGCCCAACACCACCAUCUUCGGCCGCAAGAGCCGCGACGCUGGCGAUGACCUCGACAACAUGGUUCAACACGCUGCCCAGGCUUUAGUCCAGCGCAACUCUUCUGUGAUGACUUUGCUCGGGAGCGAUACAGUCUUUGACGACAUGGACAUCCCCGAGUGGAAGCGGCUUGCCGAAGUUCGGCGGAGACUCGCUGCAGAGACGGAUAGCCAUGAGUGUGCGGCGGCUGUCGUGGUCCUCGACCAGCUGAAACAGCGCAUCUUGCACUUCUGGCGCAAGAACAUCUUGGAGGAAGCUCUGGGUUGUCUCACAGGGGCCGAGUGCGGGAAAGUUGACGACUUUCGCUUCCGCUACGUUGCACCGAAUAGUCGCGAGCGUCUGAACACCAUCUACGACCGCAUGAACCCGGUGCAGAAGGGCAUGUGUCUUUUCUUCCACAACCGCAUCAACACCAUCGCGAGAACAGGUCCUUGGCAGCCCGGGCCCCUGACGCCGGAAAGCCCCGCAACAAAAUCCCUGACCUUUGCCCAGGAGUACGUCGGUACCCUUUCGGUGGCCCUGAAGCGGUCCUUCGAGAAGGUUGUCGCGGCGCGGCCUCAGCUCUUUGCCGACUUUGACCGAGACCUGGAAACAGGCGCGGCUUCCAGGAAUCCUUUCCGCCUCGUCAAGUUCGAUAAUCAAGUCUUUGGCGUGCUGCGGGAGUGUGUCGAGAUUCCGCGCAACGACUUCUUCGACAUUCCCAAGAAGCGCACGCCCUCGCGGUUCCUCACGAAUCACUUUCUCGCCUUUCUUGUGCCCGACGAGGUCAAAUUCCUGCCCGUCUGGGCGGGCGGGCAGGAUGACGGGACUGGGCGGGUGUUCAACGACGAGCUGCCGCCUGCUGAGGACGGGCCGGACACGGGGUUCAGGGGCGGCGCGGCGGUCGUCUCGCCUUCCGUGGCAUCAAUGUCCGUUGUUGAGGGGCUACGGGGGUUGGAUCUCGAGUCGGUCCUAGCGAGCGAGACGACAAGCAUGAACGUGCUUAAGGAUGGAUCCAUCAUUUACAACCCCGGCCGGGUUAUUGUGGACGACGAGUCGAUCCACUCGGAGACGUUCACGGAGACUGGGGAUGAUUUGAGGAUUGCACGGUGGGAGAUGUAA